AGAGUUUCAGCUGCCUUGUGCACACAGUAGUCCCGGGAGUGAAGACCCACGUCUCCCAGCCGGUACUCUUCAAUACUUCAGAAUGAUUCCCAAUCACAAUGCAGUAUCAUUAAUCAUUCUUUUGGGCACUGUGACCCUUUUGAAAGGUUUAACCUGGGAGAACAAAAACGGACCCCUGGAGGAAAAGAGGUUAGAAGUUCCAGAAGCGACCGUAGUGCCAUUUGCAGUUUUCCAGUUUAAAGCGUCCCAGCCUGAGGUGACAUCAUUCAAAGUUACCGGCGAAACGGAGGAUAAAAUCAAGAUCAGCAAUGACGGCUGGCUGUACUUAGAAAAGGCCCUGGACAGAGAACUGAAGCAGAGCCAUAGCAUACAGAUUGAAGCUCUCGAUGAGUCUUCACAGACAGUGGAGGGACCCGUCACAGUGACAAUAAUCGUGAAAGACAUCAACGACAAUCGGCCCGUCUUCAGUCAGUCUGAAUAUGCUGGAGUUGUGAGGGAGCACUCAGUACCUGGUGACCCAUUCUUGCAGGUUUUUGCCACAGAUAUGGACGAUCCCAACACCCCCAAUGCCAGGUUGAACUUCACUAUUUCAAACCAAAUCCCGGAUCAUCUCAAGACACCCAUGUUUCAGAUUAACGCCGCCACUGGGGAGAUCUCCACCACUCCUGAAGGAGCAGCAGCUUUGAAGGCCAGCAAGGUAUUCAUGUUUGAUAAAGAAGAAGAUGUGGACAAGGUGGAUCAUUUGAGGAAAAAAUUUGAUGAAUAUUGCAUUCCCAAAGAGAAUAUUCCCUAUGAAAGGAAUCCAUUCUUCACUUGCGUUCAACAAAGAGGAGCCGCGAGACUGGAUCCACAAAUUGCAGCAGACUACACCCUCAUAAUUACCGUUAGAGAUUUGGAAGGCUUGUCAGAAAGCGCUCUGAGUGGGAGCACAAGGGUGAACAUUGUAGUGAAGGAAAACCUGUGGGUGGCUCCCAGUCCAAUUACGAUCAAAGAGAAUUCCACCGAGCAGCACCCAGUCCAAAUCACACAGGUGCAGUGGAACGAACCAGGAGCCAUAUAUACACUUGCACAGAAGGAGAAGUUUCCACGGUUUCCAUUCUCAAUAGACCCAGCUGGCAGAAUCUACGUUACCGAGCCCCUGGACUGGGAGGAAAAGAGCAGGUACGGGCUGGUGGUGUUUGUGAGAGAUGAAAACAUGAAAGAACUGGACAGGCCGCUGGAGAUCCAUGUGAUUGUAGAAGACAUUAACGACAACCCUCCCGUGUGUGUGCACAGUGAGAGCCUGUUUGAAGUCCAGGAAAAUGAGAAUAUAGGAAAUAAGAUUGGAGUUCUGCAAGUCACAGACCUGGAUGAAGAGGGCACAGAGAACUCUCUUCUGCACUAUGAGAUAUUGAACCAGGAGCCAGAGCUUCCUUCCAGAACCAUGUUCACCAUCGAUGAAUACAGUGGAAACAUUCAGAUUGCACAUGGGCAGUUUGAAAAGAAGAAGGUCCCAGAGUACAGACUCAGAGUGAAGGUUUCAGACAAUGGAGGACGUCCUGCAGGAUUUAGUACUGAGUGCAAGUUGGUUAUCAAGGUCAUUGAUAUAAACAACCAGAUCCCCAUAUUUGAAAACAGUCAGUAUGAACCUGUGUCCACACCAGAGGACACACCUUCAGGAACCACACUGCUCUCUAUCCUGGCCAAUGAUGCUGAUGAACCAGGAACUGGCAGUUCGAAGGUUGAGUACAGUAUUGCAAAUGGAGACCCCGGUAAACACUUUGCCAUCGAAACAAAUGGGACAACAAAUAGAGGAUAUCUAUAUAUUAUCAAGCCACUUGACUUUGAAAAGCAGUCUCAAUACCAUCUUCAAAUUAAUGCCCGGAAUCCGGAGCCCCUGGUUUCUGGAAUAGAUUACAACUCCAGUUCUUCAGCUUUGGUCAUUAUUGAAGUUACUGACGUCAAUGAAGCUCCAGAGUUUAACAAGACCGGUAUCUACCAAACAAUCAUCUUAGAAGACAUUGCCAAUGGAACAACCAUUCUGCAAGUACAGGCCAAAGACCCAGAGGAUGAUGCUAUCACAUAUACACUCUUAGAUGACUCCCUGAAGUGGUUACGAAUUAAUGAGAAAACUGGAGAUAUUAUUACAGCAGCAAGCCUGGACUUUGAGAAGAUGCAGGAGUAUGUAGUGCGCGUUAGAGCUGAGGCAGGAGAACCUAAACAAAUGUCAGAACAGCAGGUUUUCAUUAAAUUGAAAGAUGUCAAUGACAAUGUCCCAACACUGUCGAAGGAGUCACUUUCAGCAAUCAUCUGCUAUCCCGUGGAACAAUCCCAGAAGCCUCUGAUGCUGGUGGCAGAAGAUCCCGAUCUGCCUCCUUAUGGAUCACCCCUUACCUUCUCCCUUGGUGGGAACGCCACUGUAUCCAAUGACUGGAAAAUCAAAGCCUUUAACGAAACUUCUGCAGAGCUGAUAAUAAAUCACAGAAAUGUUCAUCAACAAGACUAUAAGGUUCCCAUAAGAAUCAAAGAUGCGGGGGAUAGGGAAAACACACAAACAUUUACAGUGCACAUUUGUAAAUGCACAGACUUUGGAAAUUGCUUCAUUGAGCCAGGAGCGCACAAAGAAAAGGCAUAUGCAGGGACAGCAGUUGCUUUGUUGGUAGGAGUGCUCGGAUUUAUAGCUGUCAUUCUGGCUGUUGUCCUUUACCGGAUAAAAAAGAAGAACCCCAAGAAGAAGUCACAAAAUGCUAAUGGGCCAGCAGAAACUGAGUUACUAUCAAAAGCUAAUGCGUGAAUUUAAACUUUCAAAAACAGUUUAAAAUGUAAGUUUGUACAAAUAUUUUUCUGUCUUAAAUACUGAUCUUAAACAUGGCUUCAGAGCACAUCCUGUAUUUUCCUCCAUUUCCCAACAUUCCUAUUCAAUUCUAAAAUGAUUUUAAAAUACGUACAGUAGGUCAAGAUAAAUACUGCCUUCCUUUGGUGUCAGUAAUUAAUGGUUGUUUUCAUUAUUGCGGGUGUUUUUGUGUGACUUGACCAAGGUUGUGAGAAUCACUUAUUUAUGGCUGUGCUACACAUUUGGCCCACCGGCUUGCUAAAGUCUUUCUACUGUAGGUCUCAAAUGCUGUAAACGUUUAAAAAAUAAAGGCACAUGUGCUAAAAAACGAAAGGCCUAUUUCGAUUAAUAAAACACAUUUCAAAUCAAAUGAAAUGGAGAUUCAUAUCAAACUGAAGCUAGAAAAGCCUUUAGGAUUACAGUCUAUGCUAAAUAAGCAUGCAUUACAACUCAUUCUGAGGCCAAGGUGAUCUCCAUAAGUGGACUUUAUUGACAGCUUUCUCAGCUAUACUCAACAAAAAAACUUCUCCAAACGUUUAACAGAGGUUUUGCACAAUGACCAGGAGGUAGUUGUCCAGUUUGUGAUGUCCUGUGUUAACCAGACCAUGGACAAAUAUUUUUCCAUGCUGAUGCAAGAUAACAUUUUCAGUCUCCCAUUGUCAGAAAGCCAAGAGCCUAUCCCAGAAAGCAAAGGGAGCAAGGAGGGCCAUGAUUCCACUGGGGACACAGCCACACCCACAAAGGGACAAUUUAGAGACUAACCUAGCACCUUGUCUUCAGUAGGUGACAGGAAAAUGGAGCACCUGGCAAAAACCCAAACUGACACAGGGUGAAAAGAAAGAUCAGUUCUAAUUUUCAUGUGUAGUACUUUUCCAAAUAAAAUUCCAAAUGAAACUCCUUCAAGCCAAGUUGGAAAAAAUCCUGUGCUUAUUAAUUAUGAUCUCCUUGCAGUUGCUGUGCCGACAGUGUUAAUCAGACAGGUUUUGUUGCAAUCGUGUCAUUAUGAUGGCUUUAUAUGAAUCAUAUCCCUGUUCAAUAAAGAUACAAUUUAGUGGGACACGA